AUGGAUGGCAGUCACUGGCUCAGCAUGCUGCCCCUGGUAGCAAAGCUGGGUCAAAAUGGCCAUCAUGUUGUGGUGGUCAUGCCAGAAAGCAGCCUGUUAAUGAGAAGAUCUGAACUAUACAAUAUAAAGACAUUCCCUGUCCCAUACACCAAUGAAGAGAUUAAGAGCCAUUUAAAGAAAUUUUCAACUGAAAUUUUUACAAAAAGAUCUUUUCUGCAGAAGAUUAUGAAGAUGCAUGAGAGGAUGAAACAGGGAGCUGCCAUGAUGUUUGAUACAUGUGUUAGACUACUGAACAACAAAGAGUUAAUGCAGACCUUGGAAGAAACCUCUUUUGAUAUUGUUUUCACAGAUCCUGUGCUUCCAUGUGGCCAGAUCCUUGCAGAACAUCUGGCAGUACCCUCUGUGUACUUUUUGCACUCCAUAUUCUGUCAUAAAGAUGCAAGAUCUUCUCUGUGUCCAAUACCACUAUCUUAUGUACCACGGCAGUUAUCAGGUCUUACUGAUCAUAUGACUUUCCCUCAAAGACUACAGAACUUCGUUUUUGAAAUAGUCUCAUAUUUUCUGUGUGAUUUACUUUACUCUCCAUACCAGCAACUGGCUUCUGAGUUCCUUCAAAGGGAGGUCAGUUUACAGGAAAUUUUAGGUCAUGCAGCCAUCUGGCUUAUGAGACUUGACUUUGUGCUUGAUUAUCCAAAGCCUGUGAUGCCCAAUAUGGUCUUUAUUGGGGGAAUAAACUGCGUUCAAAGAAAGCCUCUAAAGAAGGUGAGGAUUCUAAGCAUUUGA